AUGCAUAUGUUAGCGUCGAACGGAUCCAUCAUGGACCAGGACUCGGAGAUGGUGAAAAUUAAAGCACACUACUGCGGGGACAUGCUGAUCGCAGACUUGGCAGCCACGGUAACCUUUGUGGAGUUGCGCAAGGAGGUGAGAGCGUUGUGCAGCGUUGCCAAGCAGCAGCCCAUCACACUCAAGUGGAUCGAUGAUGAAGGGGACCCUUGCACCAUCUCGUCUCAGAUGGAGCUGGAGGAGGCAUUUCGUAUUUAUAAUCGAACCAGGAGGUCUGGUCUACUGCUGCACGUCUUCCCCAGCAUCCCGGAGAGGCCCGGCAUGCCCUGCCCUGGAGAAGACAAAUCGAUCUAUCGCCGAGGGGCCAGAAGAUGGAGGAAGCUCUACCGAGUCAACGGACACCUCUUCCAGGCCAAGCGCUUUAACAGGAAAGCCUACUGUGGCCACUGUGCUGAAAGGAUAUGGGGGCUGGGAGGGCAGGGCUACAAGUGUAUCAACUGCAAACUGCUGGUCCAUAAGCGCUGUCACAGACUCAUCCCUCAGACCUGCCAAAGGCUUAUGGAUUCAGUCAUGCCAUCACAGGAGCCCCCUUCAGACGCCAAGAGUGAAGAAGUGGACCUUCCACCAGAGGACACAGAGGACACAGACGGUAUACCUUUUCUACCACACAACUGUUCAGUGGAUAAAACAGAGGAUGCAGAUACAGAGGACAUCAAAGCAGUAGUGGACGGCAUCGAUGGCAUCAAGCUGUCCCAGGGCCUGGCCCUCGGGCUGGGGGACUUCGACCUGAUCCGAGUGAUCGGGCGCGGCAGCUACGCCAAGGUGCUGCUGGUCCGGCUAAAGAAGAACAAGCAGGUGUACGCCAUGAAGGUGGUGAAGAAGGAGCUGGUCCACGAUGACGAGGAUAUCGACUGGGUGCAGACGGAGAAGCACGUGUUCGAGCAGGCGUCCACCAAUCCAUUCUUAGUAGGCCUCCACUCCUGUUUCCAGACAGAAAGUCGGUUAUUUCUGGUGAUUGAAUAUGUGAACGGCGGGGACUUGAUGUUUCAUAUGCAACGACAAAGGAAGCUCCCUGAAGAGCAUGCAAGAUUUUAUGCUGCUGAAAUCUGUAUCGCCCUGAACUUCCUGCACGAAAAGGGCAUCAUCUACAGAGACCUGAAGCUGGACAACGUUCUCUUGGAUCACGAGGGACACAUCAAGCUCACAGACUACGGCAUGUGCAAGGAGGGGAUCAGACCAGGUGACACCACGAGUACCUUCUGUGGAACACCCAACUACAUUGCACCCGAGAUCCUCAGAGGAGAGGACUACGGCUUCAGUGUGGACUGGUGGGCUCUGGGCGUGCUGAUGUUUGAGAUGAUGGCUGGGAGGUCCCCAUUCGACAUUAUCACCGACAAUCCCGACAUGAACACAGAGGAGUACCUCUUUCAAGUUAUUCUUGAGAAGCCCAUUCGAAUCCCAAGGUCUCUGUCGGUGAAAGCUGCCAGCGUGCUCAAGGGCUUUCUAAACAAGGAUCCCAAGGAGCGGCUGGGAUGCCAGGUCCAGACGGGCUUCACAGAUAUCAAGGCACACACAUUUUUCCGCAGUAUAGACUGGGACCAGCUGGAGAAGAAAGAGAUGACGCCGCCCUUCAAACCUCAAAUCACUGAUGACUACGGCCUCGAAAACUUUGACACGCAGUUUACCAAUGAACCAGUGCAGCUAACACCAGAUGUUGAGGACGUCAUCAAGAGAAUAGACCAGUCAGAGUUUGAGGGAUUUGAAUACAUCAACCCCCUGCUGCUAUCCACAGAAGAGUCUGUAUGAAGGGGAGACCAGCUUCCUCCUUCGCCCACCUACUGUCUGUCCAAGCUGCCGUCUCAGCCAAAAAACACUCACAAGCCAACUCUGAAAGGCGAGGAGGAGGAGGAGGAGGAGGAGGAGGAAGAGUAAAGGACAACAGGGAGGAGGAGCUCACCCUCUGGACCUUGUCAACGAGGCAGAGCAAACUGGAGAACGGGAAAAGGUUCCUUCCUGGGCCGUUCAGAUUGUUUUUGGAAUACCAAACUCUUCUUUUCUUGGUAUCUACCAGGAAAACAAAGACUUCAAGA